AUGUUAAAUAGUUUCUUAAAUAAAUAUAAGUUUGCAUUUACGUAUCCAUGUCCCCGGAAAUUGAGAGAGAUUGUCAAAAUGUCUUUAUUUGAACGGGAAUCAAAGGAUCAAGUUGUUUCAUUGUGGAUGGAGUAUCAUAAAGAUAAACAAAACAAUGUUGCUUAUGUUGUAAGCAAGGAUGAACACGAUAUUCUCAAGAGAAAUACAAAAGAAUCUCCAUUAUUUUUAUUGCCAAUCAAACGAAAAGGAGGCCAUUUCUAAUUAAUUGGAUAGGCAUAAACAAAUAGUAUUUUAUUUACUUUUUUAGAAGAAUAUAAAAAAUCUGGGUCUUUUUCCUCUCCUUAUUUUAUAUUAACUAUCUUUGAAGAGCUGCUAGCAUAAAAACAGGUCUCUUUAAUAAGAGGAGAUAUUAUGGAUUAUAAAAUUGAUAAAGAUGAGGCUACCUUCUUAACUAAUCAAUUUCUUAAAUUUUAUAUGACACCAGAACUAUAUGAAAAAUACAUCUAUACACUAAAUCAUAAAUAACAAGAAUUCAAUUAUGAUGAUUUUAAAAAUCAUUUUUAAAUAUGAUAAUUUAUCAAUAACAAUGCAUCAUUUAUAUUAUAUAUGUAUUUA